GAUAGGUGGUACAUUGUUCUUGUGCUAUAUCAGAGGCGGGUUUGGUUCUUUAUCCCCCUCUUUUCUAAAAAAUAAAUAAACUAGUUUUUCUAGGGUUUCGUAUUUUCAGUGUCGAAUCAAAUGGCUUCUGGAGAUGUUGAAUACAGAUGUUUCGUUGGUGGUUUAGCUUGGGCUACUGAUGACCAAGGUCUCGAGAAAGCUUUCAGUACUUAUGGAGAUAUCCUCGAAUCAAAGAUCAUUAAUGAUCGUGAGACUGGAAGAUCAAGAGGGUUUGGAUUCGUCACCUUCGCCAACGAGCAAGCUAUGAAGGAUGCUAUCGAAGGGAUGAAUGGACAGGAACUUGAUGGAAGGACUAUCACUGUCAACGAAGCUCAAUCCAGAAGCGGAGGAGGCGGAGGUGGUGGAUACGGUGGUGGUCGCGGAGGCGGUUAUGGAGGUCGUCGUGAAGGCGGCGGCGGUGGUUACGGUGGUCGCCGUGAAGGCGGUGGCGGUGGAUAUGGUGGUCGCCGGGAAGGAGGUGGCGGUGGUGGGUAUGGUGGUCGCCGUGAAGGCGGUGGCGGAUAUGGUGGUCGCCGUGAAGGAGGUGGCGGUGGUGGAUAUGGUGGUGGUGGUUACUCCAGAGGUGGUGGUGAUUCUGAUGGAAACUGGAGAAAUUAGAGUUUGAUGUUGAUGGUGGGGUCUUAAGUCAUAUGUUCUUGUUCCUAUAGUUUGGUGCUGGCAUCUAUUUCUCACGAAUUAGAUCUUUUGUUUUUGAUAUCUGGUUCUGUUUAGGUCUUUAGGGUUUGUUUUUAAUAGUUGAUGGAACCCCUCCAUACUAGUAUGAUGAAUGAAAACUAUUUAUCGUUCUUGUUCUUGGUUUGUUUGUCAUAUUAUUCCUUUGUCCUGGUGAAUGUGUUUCAUGGUCAUUCGAUUUCCUCACAAGUCUUGUAUAUUUAAAGUCGAAGGAAUAAUUCUUAACUUACCACGA